AUGGGCAACUACGGUGGUAGAGGCGGAGAUAGUGGCGAGUUUGCAGCUCACCGAUCACAUGACGGCGGAUUCAAUGAUCGGCGGAUCCAUGGUGGAGAUGGGCAGCCGGGAUUUUACGGCGGUGGGGGUGGAGGUGGAGGACAUGGAGGGGGAAACGGCGGGCGGGGUGGCGACGGAGGGUCAAUAUUUGGAACGUUGUGGGGUGGAGGUGCCGGGGGACGUGGAGGUCGAGAUGGUCAGGCGGGCAAGCCUGGACAAAGUGGGUUCUUUGGAGGAGGUGGGGGUGGUGGUGGUGGUGGAAGUGGCGGGGGAGGCGGUGGUGGUGGUGGAGGAGGCAGUUUUAUGGGAGGAAAUUCGGAUAAUCAUCAUAAUGACGAAAUAGAAAUUGGUGGAAUGUGGAAUCAAAGAGAGAAUCGUGAAACUAACCAACGUCACAAUAACCGUGGUACAUGGAGCAGGAGUGAUGAAGAAAGGGGAGGGUUUUCGGGCGGAUCACGUGGACAUUCCUUGGGCGGAGCUGGGGGUGGCGGAGGCAUCCACGGGGCACCAGGUGGAGACGGCGCACCGGGAAUGUUUGGUGGCGGGGGAGGAAGGGGAGGACGUGGGGAUCUGUGA